AUUCAAGUGACGGAUCUUGAUGGAUCCAUUGGUGGUCCUUAUAUAUUCCUUUCAAUGGUUCAAUCAUUUCAGUCAAUCAUUUUACAGCGCUGUGUAAAUAUUUUACUAGGAGAUAUUCUCAGACAGCAUCAUGUUCAGCAAAUUGAAACUAGCCGCUCUAGUAACGAUAUUUUGUGUCAUUCAAACUGCCCGAGAAGUAAAGACAUCCAGAGGGCAACAUGAUUCCUCGGUUCUGAAUCGACAAAUUUUGAGAAAAUGGCUCGCUGAAGCACCGGAAAAUCAUGCCCCAGAGGCCAUAUCGGACGUGUUGGCUGAGCUUAGUCAUGGCCCCUCCCUGAAGACUCGCUUGCGGGAAGACUUGAGGCAAAAAUUGGGAAAAAUUGAGGAUCUCCCCGAAUCAUUCGACGCGCGCCAGAAGUGGAAGCAUUGCAAACAUCUCAUCGGCGCCGUCCACAAUCAGGGUCCUUGCAAGUCCGACUACGCAAUUGUAGCGGCUUCAGUACUGGCUGAUCGUUUAUGUAUACAAAGCAACGGGAAGUUUAAAGAUAUGCUCUCAGCACAAAAAAUUUUAGAAUGCUACGGCUCUUGCAAGUUUGGUGGCUUCAUGUGGGAUACAUUUGAAUACCUAAACAAAACAGGCACAACAACAGGAGGCCUUUAUCAAUCUGGAGAGGGCUGCGUACCGUUUAAGCCACAGCCCUGCUCGCACAGAGGCAACGAUAGAAUGAUGGCUUCUGAUGGUGAUUUGCCAGACUGCUCCACCCUUCCAUCAAGAGAAUACAACUGGUGCGACAAGAAAUGCACCAACGAAAAUUAUGAUAAGAAAUUCACCGAAGAUAUUCACAAAACCGCUAAGUUUGGAUGGGCGCCAACAAAUGCAAAAAAACUACAAACUGAGAUCUAUGUGAAUGGAUCGGUCGCAGCCGGCUUUACGAUGUACGACGACUUUAGAGGGUAUGAAUCAGGUGUAUAUAAUAAGAGCAGCAAUGCAGGGUACGAGGGUUCUCACAAGGUAAAACUAAUCGGUUGGGGCAUAGAAGAUGACGGUACCCCUUAUUGGCUUGCAGUUAACUCAUUCGGCAAGGAAUGGGGUCUCCAAGGGCUCUUUAAGUUCCCCAGGGGUAGGAACUACUAUUUCAUCGAAUCACUCGGCAUUAAAGUAACUCCACAACUAUAGUGCGCCGUCUCCUGAUGGUUUCACUUAUCUGCCGCCGCCGUCUUACAGAAGACAGCUCAAAGUGCAUUUCUGUAUGAGCCACGUCUACCUACACGUUCUUUGUAUCCAACUAUCCCAUCUCUAAUUUUUAUCCUUAUCUUAAAUAUAAUAAACAUACUUAAAUUUUA